AAAGAAAAACGUAACCUGUCAAGAGUACUAUUUUGACAAAGGAACACCUAAUGUGUUGAGGACUAAGCCAUAGAUAAUUGUUAUUUUGACGAAGGGAAAGUUGUAAUUAAUAAUUUUCCUUUUCUUGAGAAUAAUUGCAUAUAUAAAAAGAUAGAAGAAACAUAAAAAAGGCAAAAAAGAAUUAAAUACGAUUUAUAAGCAGAUACAGUACUGGGAUUUUAAUUUGAGACUUUGAAAACAAAAGCGCGUAGAGGUUGUAAGAGGGUAGACGUAAGAUGUUAUAAUAUAAUCAAAUCUCUCGUCGCAGACCUUCAGAUCUUGCUGUUCCAGUUUCCAUUUCCAAAUCCAAUCCUCGAUCUUAAUCUCUAGGGUUCAAGUUCAAUCUCUCACAGAUCAAUGGCGGUUAAGCCAAGGCACGCGCGCCUUCAGACUCGCAAAACAUCGUCUUCUUCCUCCACGCUGGUCCUCACUUUGCUCGUCAUGUUCACUUUCGUGAUCCUCAUUCUUCUCGCCCUGGGAAUACUCUCGGUCCCGAGCGGCUCCUCCGGCAACUCGGCCAAGGCAAACGAUCUCAGCUCGAUUGUACGGAAGAGUGCCGACAGAAAUGAAGAAGAAGGGGCAGGGGAGCAGUGGGUCGAAGUCAUCUCAUGGGAGCCGAGAGCAUUUAUCUAUCACAAUUUCUUGACCAAGGAGGAAUGUGAAUAUCUAAUCGAUCUUGCCAAACCUAGUAUGCACAAGUCAACAGUAGUUGAUAGUGAAACUGGAAAGAGCAAAGAUAGCAGGGUCCGUACAAGCUCUGGAACAUUUUUGCAAAGAGGGCGCGAUAAAAUUAUCAGGAACAUUGAGAAGAGAAUUGCUAAUUUCACCUUUUUACCUGUAGAACACGGGGAGGGACUUCAAGUUCUCCACUAUGAAGUUGGACAGAAGUAUGAGCCUCACUAUGACUACUUUCAAGAUGAGUUCAACACUAGGAACGGAGGUCAACGUAUAGCUACGGUUCUCAUGUACCUCUCAGAUGUUGAAGAAGGGGGUGAGACUGUGUUCCCUGCUGCCGAAGGGAAUAUUAGUUCUGUGCCUUGGUGGGAUGAGCUAUCUGAAUGUGGGAAAAAGGGACUUUCUGUUAAACCCAAGAUGGGGGACGCGUUGCUUUUCUGGAGCAUGAGGCCUGAUGCAUCUCUGGAUCCUUCAAGUUUGCAUGGCGGAUGCCCUGUGAUUAAGGGAAAUAAAUGGUCAUCUACUAAAUGGGUGCGUGUCAACGAGUACAAAAUUUAAACUAUUACACCAAAGGCUAUAUGAGUUCUUAUGUUGUAGUACUUGUCAACAUCUCAAGCCAGAGCUUCAGUACUUGUGCUUCAAGUCUCAUUUGUAACCUAAUACACCGAUCGGCGCCUGCAUGCCACUUAGGUUUUGAUGUACUACAGCUGCUCUUCUACUAAAUCAAUUUUUGUUUCUUAGCUAUAUAUUCUUGUUAUUACAACCCCUGAUAAAAUAAAACAUCUAUGUUCUUUUUUUAUUUAUGGGAAUUCCAACUCUCAGAAGGUUUAGGACAUUGAGUUGUUGAAAAGAAACAGUGAAAAGAAAUGAGCUUGUUCAUUCACA